AUGCGACUGUUAUGGUUAUUUUUAUUCAUCAAACAAGUUCAUUCCAGCUUUACUCCAUGUAACGGAAAAUCACCACUUGGUGGUACAUGUGAUUGGAAUAUUGAUUGUGAGAAUAAAGGAUCGAUAUGUUUACGCGGACGUUGUAGAUGUCAUCCACAUUAUGCUGAGAUUGUGGAUGAGAAGAGAGGUAAUCCACAUUGCAAAAAGUUACCUGCAAAAGUUGGCCAAAUGUGUACUACUAAAUGUCGCGAGCCGUUGUUUUGUCGAAGUGGACAAUGUCAAUGUGUUCAACGUGGUACUACAACGUUAAUCAACGGUCAAUGUGUAUCAAUGAGUCGAGUGGGCGAUCGUUGCACGCGGCACUACGAUUGUUCCGCACCCUUUUCGGCGUGUUUAAAUUCGCAAUGUGUAUGUAUUAGUGGUACCAUGCAGCAAGGUUCACAAUGUAUAGCUAAACCAGCCUGUCCACUUGGAGGCAUUCCUGGUAAUGCAUGCAUCCGUAAAGCAAAUCAACAUAUGGUGGAAAAUUUCGUUGAUGAUGCCGAUGAUUGUCCACUCGGACAGGUAUGCAUAACUAUUGGUGAAUCACCGAUGGGACAUUGUUGCCCAAAAGUAUGCCCGCUGGGGACGUUACCAGAAUUUAAUUAUUCUUGCGAUCCCACCGCAAGUAUCCGUUGCCCGUCUGAUACACAUUUUUGUCAUCGUAUUUCAGAUGGUGGAUUUUCGCAAUCAUUGUGUUGCCGCCGGCCAUGUAAUGCUAUGGCACCAAAAGCUUUGUAUGUUAAUGGUACAUGUAUGGCACGCGGACAACUCAACUCACAAUGUACUGCAAAUGAACAGUGUGGUGGUGGCGAAACUAUGAUAUGCAAUAGGGGACAGUGUGAAUGCUUGGCUGGAUUUCAUCCACUUGUCGAUCCAGUAACACAUCCAUUGCGCAACCCAAGUCAGACCUGUACACGAGAUUGCGAGUCGGAGGUACUUUCCAGAGAUACAACCUGCCUGAAACCAGUAGCACUUGAAGCUCACUGUUUCAUCCAAAAACAAUGCCCGAUAAAUUCCGGAUGCUACAGAGGUCGUUGUCAGUGUAAGUGUGGUUUUAAAAAGGAGAAACAGCGAUGUAUCGAGCUACCUCCAUCCCCAACGACAACAAGACAACCAUCUGUGAUAGUACCUGGUACUGUGAUUGUGCCUGGUGGCGAUUUCUUAAGUCUUAUUGGAAAUUUUUUUGGUGGAACGGAAACGCAAAGCGCUGCCGGCAGAUAA